UCUUUUCCGUAGUUGUCUCCGCGUCCAAACUUCCUGAGAGCGGCUCCGGGCCCUCCCUCCGCUUCCGACGGCCGCGCUGAGCCUCCACCGCGCACAGCACGGGCAGCACCGGCCCCGUCCCGUCCCGUCCUGUCCCGUCCCGUCCUGUCCCAACCCGGCCCGGCCCGGCCAGGAUGGUGCUGAGGACCGUGGCACUGGCUCUGCACAUCUGCCUCCUGGCCGCCCUCCACCCCAGCGACCCCAACGUCUGCAGCUACUGGGAGAGCUUCACGGUAGCGGUGAAGGAGUCGUACGCCAAACCCCACAUUGUGACCUCCACCGAGCCCUGUGCCGGGACACCAGGACUGCCACAGCCCUGCCCACAGCAAAGGGUUGUGUACCGCACGGAGUACCGACAGACGGUGCGCACCGACUACCGCCGGCGCUACCAGUGCUGCCUGGGCUACUACGAGAGCAGGGACGCCUGCGUCCCGCGCUGCACCCAGGAGUGUGUCCAUGGGCGGUGCGUGGCCCCCGAGCGCUGCCAGUGUGAGCCGGGCUGGAGGGGACCUGACUGCUCCAGCGAGUGUGAUGAGCGCUCGUGGGGCCAGGACUGCGAGCACCGCUGUGACUGCCACCACGGGGCCCCCUGCGACCCUGUGAACGGGGCCUGUGCCUGCCCCCCCGGCUUCACCCCCCCGCUUUGCCAACAACCCUGCCUACCCGGCUCCUACGGCCCCGACUGUCGCCUGCGCUGCCCAUGCCACCACGGGGCCCCCUGCAACGCCUCCACUGGCGCCUGCCUCUGCCCCCCUGGGCUUGCUGGCCCCCUCUGUGAGGUGCCGUGCCCCGAGGGGACACUGUGCGACACUCACUGCCCCUGCCAGAAUGGGGGUAUCUGCCACCCCCCCGACUCCAGCACCUGCAUCUGCCCCCAUGGAUGGAUGGGGGACAUCUGCUCCAUGCCGUGCCCGCCUGGGCGCUUUGGCCCCGGCUGCCAGGGGGAAUGUCACUGCCACAACGGGGGCCACUGUGACCCCCUAUGGGGGCAGUGCCAGUGUGCGCCAGGCUUCACCGGAGAACAGUGCCGGGAGAGGUGCCCGCUGGGGAGGUAUGGGCAGGACUGCAGGGAGAGCUGCGACUGUGCCAAUGGGGGACAGUGCUUCCACGUGGACGGCGCGUGCCUGUGCGAGGCUGGGUUUCAAGGCAGCCGCUGCGAGGAGCCCCGCUGCCUGCCCGGCCUCUAUGGCAUCCACUGCCAGAGCCACUGCCUCUGCCACCCCCAGCACAGCCAGAGCUGCCACCCGCUGCUCGGCGAGUGUUCGUGUCGCCCCGGCUGGGCCGGGCUCUUCUGCAACGAGAGCUGCCCCCCGGGCUCCUUCGGGGCCGGCUGCCUGCAGCUCUGCCUCUGCCUCAACGGGGGCACCUGCAACGGGACCACGGGGCGCUGCCACUGCCCUCCUGGUUACACGGAUGAGCACUGCUCCUCCCUGUGCCCCACGGACACCUUUGGGGUGAACUGCUCGGAGCGCUGCUCCUGCCAGCACGGUGUUGCCUGCUCCCCCAUCGAUGGCUCCUGCUUCUGCAAGGAAGGCUGGCACGGACCUGACUGCUCUGCACCGUGUCCUGAUGGCACCUGGGGCCCCGGCUGCAACCGGAGCUGUGACUGUGCCCAUGGGGCCACCUGCAGUGCCCAGAGCGGGGUCUGCAGCUGCACCCCGGGAUGGCACGGCCCCCGUUGCCACCAGCCCUGCCCGAAUGGGACAUUUGGUGCCGGCUGCGGGCAGCGCUGCGAGUGUGCCCAUGCUGACAGCUGUGACCCCAUCACUGGAGAAUGCCACUGCCUGCCCGGGUGGACAGGGCUGCAGUGCAAGCAGAGCUGCCCGCAGGGUUCCUGGGGCCGGGGCUGCCGCCAGCUCUGCAUGUGCCGCAAUGGAGCAUCGUGCUCUCCUGAGGACGGAUCCUGCACCUGCACCCCAGGCUUCCGCGGCCCCACAUGCCAGCGCCAGUGCCCACCAGGCCGCUACGGCAAGAAGUGUGCGCUGAGCUGCUCCUGUGCCAACGGCUCCUCCUGCCACCACGCCACCGGUGCCUGCCUCUGUGCUGCGGGCUGGAGCGGCCCCCACUGCUCCCAGCCCUGCGCGCCCGGCUCCUGGGGGGACGCCUGCGCCCGACGCUGCCAGUGCCACAACAGGGGGACGUGUGACCCCGUCGAGGGGACGUGCCACUGCCCCGCGGGAUGGACGGGAACGAGCUGUGAAGAAGAGUGCCCCCCCGGGACCUUUGGAUUGCAGUGUGACCAGCUAUGCCACUGUCCCCACAAUGCCACCUGCCACCCUGUGAGCGGGAUGUGCCCGUGUGCCCCAGGCAGGAGCGGGCCCCACUGUGAGCCUGAGACCCCCGAUCAGCCCUACACCAUCGUGCCGGCCCCUCCGCUGGCCUACAGCACGCUGGGGAUGGUGGUCAGCAUGGUGACCCUGGCGGCUCUGCUGGUGGCCGUGGUGGUUGCGGCACUGUGCUACCGGCACCGGCAGAAGGGAAAGGAGAACCGACACCUGGCCGUGGCGUACACAGGAGGACGGAUGGACACCUCCGAGUACGUGGUGCCAGAUGUGCCACCGAACCACACGCACUACUACUCCAACCCCAGCUACCACACGCUGUCCCAGUGCACGCUGCCUGCCCCCGGCAACCAGGACAGAGCCAGCUCCCUAAAGGUCCCCAACUCCCAGCCCUUCCCUGGUGUGGAGAGGCCCUACGGCCCCGAAGGCAAUGCCACGCUGCCCCCUGACUGGAAGCACCUUGGGGUACCACCACAGGGACCCAGGGGUGGGGGGCAGAUGGACCGGAGCUACAGCUACAGCUACACCUGCAGCCUGGGGAAGUACUACAGCACGGAGCACCCCCAGGAGGGGCUGAGGGCCAGCGGCAGCUCUCUGGCCAGUGAGAACCCCUAUGCCACCAUCAAGGAUGUGCCCCCGCUGCUGGCCAAGGCCCCCGAGGGCAGCUACAUGGAGAUGAAGUCCCCGGUGCAGCGGGAGAUGUCCUACGCGGAGAUUGGGCUCCUGGAGGAGCCCGACAGCCACGAGGAAGGUAUGCCCGGGCCCAAAAAAACCCCAAGGCUGUCCCACCUCUCUCUGCGCAACAACUGCAUCGGUGAUGAGGCCGCGCAGCUGCUGGGGCAGAGCCUCUCCACCCUGAGCUCCUCCAACCGCAGCCUGCUCUCCUUGGUCCUCAGCUUCAACCGCAUCUCGGACGUGGGCGCAGGGCACAUCGCUGAGGGAUUGCGCUGGAACCGCUCGCUGCUCUCCCUGUCCCUGGCGCACAACCGCAUUGGGGACGUGGGGGCCCUGAAGCUGGCGGAGGUGCUGCAGCCCUUUGUGCUGACGCACGCGGAGGUGGUGGAACGGAGGCGGCUGCUGAUGGAGGCGCAGGGACAGCCCCGUGCUGUUGAAUCCAGCAGCGGGCACGCUCCGAGCCUGCAGGGCAGUGUGGCUGCGGACAAGCUGUCUCCGGCCAAGCCGUGCAAGAGCGUGGCUAAAAAGAAGGAGCCGCUGCGGAAGGAGGACGGCAAGCAGAGCAAGAAGACGACGGCCCCCCCAGAGCCCCGACCCAACCGCAGCCGAGGUGUGAAGAGUGCCAUGAAGGAGAAGAGGAGCACUGAGGCACUGGAUCCAGCCGAGCCCGCUCACCCACUGCUGGAGCCAGGCUGGCACCGUGAUGGGAACAUCAUCCUGCCCGGGAACCGGGCGCUGCUCAACCUCAACCUGGCCCGUGAGUGUGGGCCUGGGGGGGCAUGGCUGCAUCACGGCCCCAUCCCCAUGGUCAUGUCUCCCCCCACCACAGACAACCGCAUCACGGAGCGCGGCCUGGGGGCAUUGCUGGCUGCGGUGGAGGGGCAGCAGCAGCAGCAGGAGGGAGCUGGGGGGAGCCAGGGGCUGCUACGCCUCUCGCUGCAGAGGAAUAGCUUCCCCUCCACCUGCGAGGCCUUCACGCAGCUGCAGGAGCUGCUGCGGCAGCGGGACCCCCUCCCCAAGCCUGGGGGGCAUGAGGAGGAGCAAGGCCUGGGUCCCUGAGCCCCCACGGGGGUGUAGAGCAGCGCAUUUCUGGGCUGUCCUUGUAGAGGAAAAAUAAAAUAAAAUAACAAUAAAUUUCUUUACCACGGGAAGGGAGAGAAUAAAACGGAUUAUACAGCAUCGAACGGCAAUCA